GGUAACAUUACCUAUGUAGUGAGGAGAGUCAGAGUCACUUGAUCCUCACUCCAAGCAGGAGCACUCACCUGCUCAGGUGUCAUUUGCACCGAACAAGAGGCCAGCGAAAGAAGAACACAUGGGAUAAGGGGCAUCUUUUUUUUGUCAGUUUUAGAAAAUGUACAAUUCACUUUGGACUACGUCAUGAUGACGAAGAGCUUUGCUGACAUCAGUUCCGCAACCAACACCGGUGUGAAUGAAACCCCAACAUCCUCAACAGAAUUUAAGGUAGAAGCACCGGAACAACCGGACUCCUCCAGGAUCGAAGUGGUCUCUGUGACAGAGGAAGACCUCCCCACUGUUGAGACCCCAACCACAAUAAACGUCAGCCCCCUGGGUAGCUUAAAUGCUGACUCACCUUCUGAGAACAAUUUGAGCAAACCCGCAGAUUCCCAGACUUUAACUGCAUGUAGUCCAACCAUGCCAGUCACCAAGAUUCAGCCAUUUAUGAUUGAUGAUGAUUUGGACAGUAAAUGGAAGACAAGACUGCUGGCUCAUCGCAUGGAGUUGAUAAUUGCUACAUGUAUCAUCCUGGUGGUCACACUUGUUCUUGGUAUUGGCCUUGGGGGUGAGUGUUCCAUUUUCAAUAAUGUUGAUUUGCACCGUACACAACUUGAAAUUUAUGCAAUGUUUUAUGAAAAUAACCCCCCUGUGUGUGUGUGUAUGUCUAUAGUGGGUCUCAGCUGUGUGGGGAAGUUUCGUUGCGGCUUUUCCUCCCAAUGCAUUAGAAGCUCAGCACAGUGUGACGGAGAGGUGAACUGUGGCAAUGGGGAGGACGAGCUUGGCUGUGUGCGUCUCAGUGGGCGGAGUUCAGUCCUGCAGGUCCAGAGAGGGGGUGUGUGGAGGACAGUCUGCUCAGAGGAUUGGAACAAUUGGCUCGGAGCAUCGGCCUGCAAACAGCUGGGAUACACGAGUUAUGUGGAGUCGUUCUUCAUCCCACUGACCACCAUUGAGGAGCGCCUUCAGCACCAUUUGGUGUCCAUCAACCUGAGCCAAUCACAGAUCAUAAAGCUACAAAAUGCUCCAAUAUUCAGUAAAAGCCAAUGUACCUCAGGAAAAGUGACAACACUGAAAUGUCUGGAGUGUGGCUUCAGACCAAAGUACACAACACGUAUUGUCGGGGGAAACCUCUCCCGGCCUGGCCAGUUCCCCUGGCAGGUUAGCCUCCAUUUCAGCAGUGAGCAUCUCUGUGGCGGCUCCAUCAUAACGUCACUCUGGAUUCUCACUGCAGCACACUGUGUGUUCGGGUUUACAGACCCUUCUAUGUGGACAGUCCAUGUGGGACGGACGGAGCAGCCAGUCCAUGGUGCCCAGUCUCUUGCAGUGGAGCAGAUUAUAUUCCACACUCGAUAUCGCCCCAAAGGCCUGGAUUAUGAUAUCGCACUCAUGAAACUCGCCAAGCCCCUUGUUUUUAAUGGAUUUGUGGAGCCAAUCUGCCUGCCUAAUUAUGGGGAGGAAUUUGAAGAAGGCACAAUGUGCUGGAUCUCUGGAUGGGGGGCAACUGAGGAUGAAGGAGAGACCAGUGUCUUUUUACGCUCUGCAAUGGUGCCCAUCCUUUCCACAAAGACCUGUAACCAGCCUGAGGUUUACCAGGGCCUGAUCUCACCGUGGAUGAUCUGUGCAGGAUACCUGGAGGGCGGAACUGACUCCUGUCAGGGGGACAGCGGGGGACCUCUGGCCUGUGAGGGCGCCUCUGUAUGGAAGCUGGUUGGUGCAACGAGUUGGGGUAUUGGCUGUGCUAUAAGGAACAAGCCAGGCGUUUACACCAGGAUCACACACUCGCUUAGCUGGCUCAGGCAACAGAUGGAGAGGGAAGGAAGUCUUAACUCAACCCUCAACUAAGACAACUGUAUUCCUUGUUAAUGCAGACGGCCACAUUGCUAAGACACAGAAGGAAAUGAUGCACCAAGGAGUUAAGAGAUUGUUUAUUCCAAAAUAGAAAGCUCUAAGGCAAACCAUACAAAGAGAAAAAAAUGAAUGCUUCAUAAAAAGCAAGACAGAUAUGAGAGAGAACAUCUCAGGUUUUUUUGUAACACAUUUCGGGAAACUCUCUCAAGUUCUCAAAAAUGUAUACGAACCAAAUUACUGCGACUAUUGACAGACUACUGUUGCACAGCACCACCAUUCAAAAAAAGAAGAGGUGCCACAGUUUGUGCAGUAACUGAGUGAUUAAACAUUUGAAAUGUUUCACGGUGUGUAGUGGCAGGGGGGGCGGGACUAACAAGUGACAACUCGAGUCGUAGUGCAUGCCAAUGAAAAGGGAGCCCAACAGUCAAGUCGGACUGUUUAAUGUGGUCACAUCUAUGUGUACAUAAAUAAAAGACUGCGUGCUCAAUGUAAUAAUUCCGUGUGUCUUUUUGUGGCCCUUCUCAAGUGAAGAAGACCCUUGUGAUUGCAUGAUCAGCGUAGUGUUUUGGAUUGUGCAUUUUAUAUUUGAAAACAUCUAGGAUACCAUUGUAAAAUGUUUAAAUUACAUAAUGUAUGGUAUACACAAUGUGGGUAAACUCCUCCAUUAAAAAAAAAAAACAAGACACAGAUACUGGAGUCAUGUUAGAGACUCAGGUACUGAAAAGAAUACAAAGUCAAAUUCUUGGUGAUUCUUCUGCAAUUUAGCAUAUUUUAACCAUUUUGUUUUGUGCUUCUUGGCAACAAGUCUUUAAAAAACACAUGUAAGGCCUUGUUAGUAUUCUAAGAUUAAAACCAAUUUAAAUAAUUUCAUUCCUUUUUUUUUUU